AUGAAUGCCGCGGGGAUGGGUGCCCCGCUGUGGCAGAAAUCGGCCGUGGAGGUCGUGCAGAUGUUGAGGGAAGGGGCUGUGAAGCCGACGGAGCUGCUGGAUUGCAUUGAGUCGCGCGUCAAGGAGACGGACGCCCAGCUCAACGCCCUGCCCAUCACCUUCUUCGACCGCGCACGGCGCGACGCGGAGGACAUCGAGCGCCGCGGACCCCCCCCACACCCCCCCCCCGGGUACCUGUACGGCCUGCCCGUCGUAGUGAAGGACCUCACGGCCGUCGCCGGCGAGCCCUGGGUCGCCGGCUCCCUCCUAUACGUCGAGCGCGUCGCGACCUUCGACGACCCCUGCGUCCAGGCCCUGCGGGAGCGCGGCGCAGUUAUAUUUGCAAAGAGCAACACGCCCGAGUUCGGUGCCGGCGCGACGACGUUCAACGACGUCUUCGGGUGGACGAAGAACCCGCACGCCGCGUCUGCGACGCCGGGGGGCUCCUCCGGCGGCACCGCCGCGGCGCUGGCCGCCGGUCUGACCUGGCUCGGCACCGGGACCGACCUGGGGGGGAGUCUGCGGAUCCCCGCGAGCUUCUGCGGCGUCGUCGGGCUGCGCCCGACGCCUGGCCGCGUGCCCACCGACUACGUCGCGCUGGAGCGGCCCGUGCGGGCCGCGCACGACGCAACGCACGCGCCCGACGCAACCGCGCGCCAGAGGCUGGGCGAAGCUUGCGUCGCGCGGCUGCAGAGCGUGACCGGACCGAUGGCGCGCAGCGUCGACGAUCUGGCGCUCAUGCUCGACGCGCUGUGCGGCCCGCGGCCCGAGGAUCCCAUCUCCCUCCCCGCGCCAUCGACGCCGUACUCCCGAGUCGUUGCGGACCCCUCCGCGGUGCUUCCGCGCGGCGCGAAGCUCGCGUGGACGCCGAACCUCGCAGACACGUGCCCGGUCGAUCCGGCGACGGCGGCCGUGUGCGAGGCCGCGGUGCGGCGCGCGUUCGCUGGGGGGGGUGUCGCGGUGGUCGAUGCCUGCCCCGACGGGCUGCGCGGGGCGCGCGAGGCGUUCCAGGUGCUGCGCGCGGAGGCCUUUCAGAGCCUCGGCGGCCUCCUGCGGGAGCCAAGCCGUUCGAAGAUCAAGCCGGAGCUCGUGUGGCAGAUUGAGCGCGGUAUGAACCUGACGUCAGCGGAGCUGACGACGGCGCGGGCCACCGCGCAGCGGCUGCGCGCCGGCUUCGACGCGUUCUUCGGGAGCUUCAACGAGGGGGGCGAUCGCCGCGGCGGCGCGGACGCGGGUCACGCGGUGCUGCUGUGUCCGACGUGCAUCGUGCCGGCCUUCGAGGUGGGCGUGCGGUGGCUGGACCGGCCGGCGAGCGACGCGGUCGGCGGUGGGGGCGGUGCGGAGCGUUUCGACAACUACAUCGAGUGGCUGAUGAUGACGUCCGUGCUGUCGCUGACCAACUGCCCUGCCGCGUCGGUGCCGUGCGGGGUGGACGCGCGCGGGCUGCCGGUGGGCGUGCAGGUCGUGGGGCCGAUGGGGAGGGAGGACCUCGUGCUCGCGGUGUGCAAGACGAUCGAAACUGCGUGCGCGCGGGACGUCAAGCCGGUGCCGGUGCAGAACCUAGUGUCCAGUGCUGGUCUGUCCUCUGGCGAGGGCUGGCAGUCCUCCGUCGACAUGUACUGA